AUGGCACGCGUCCGGCGCAGCCAUUUUUGGGCCCAAGUUUUGUUGGUGAUUCUGGUGCAGAGCGCCACAGGAUGGCAAUGCCCGGGCUGGGCAAUCCAAAUGCUGGAAGACUUUGAUUUGGAGCGCAGAUGCAUGAUUCGCAAGUUCAAGGUCGGGGAUGCCGAAUUUACCGUCUCUGUGCGGAACUCCUCAAUCCACGUGGAAGAAUCUUGCCCGGGAACCAAUGAAGCCACGACAAGCUUGCAACGCAGCACGUCCUCACCUGCGUUGGCAAGGUGGGUCAAACCCUGGGACAUGCCCAAGCACUUCCAAGCACAUGCGGCGGGGCUAUGCCUCCCUUGCCUCUUUCACAGGCGGAAGGAGGAUGGGUGCCGUCGGGGGGACGAGUGCGACCGUUGUCACAUUUGCAACCUCAAGGAGAUGCAGCGCCGGAAGCACCGUUUGCAGCGUGCAGCUCGGAAAGCUCGGCGUGAGGGCGCGUGA